GACUGUUCGAAUUGAGCGUAUUUUCUUUUGAAAUCAUUUCUUGCUUCCUGUCACUGCAACUCUUGCCACAUCCUUUGCUCUACCGAAAGCCUGUCACAGUUGACACGCUCACAUAUUUCCUGCAUCUCAACAUCUCACGCAUCAAAAACUAUUAGAGAUCUGCUACAGCCAUGGUGAGCUUCUGUCCUAUAUGUGGGAAGCCUGUUUAUUUUGGUGAGAAGAGGAGGUCGUUGGGCCGGGAUUAUCACCCGUUAUGCUUGAAGUGUCACAAGUGCAAAAGACAGCUAACGCCUGGCCAGCAUGCAGAGCACGAUGAGAAGCCAUACUGCACUAACUGCUACAUGAGAGAUUUUGGACCCAGAGGUAGCCGAAAACCUGCUCCUCGGACCUUUAACACAGCAGCUUCUUAAGGGAGAUCUUGUAGUCUUAGGAAACACACAGCAUCUAGAUCUACAAACAACAACAAACCUACAUUAUCUGCUUUACACAGCCACACACAGCAAACACUGUAAAAUACUGCCAAGUUGAUCUCUCCUUACCACAGAAUAAAACACAACUCCACCCCAUAAAAAUCACCAGAACCUCCCAAAUCAACAGCCGACCAUGAUGGCAUUCUCUCAGGGAAAUGAGAUUUGUUUUCACAGUUAAGGCACCUAAAGAUUUGACAUUAUUUUUUUAAUUGAGUUGUAUCUUAUUCUUAAGGAGAUGUAAAAACAUCAAACUAGUGAAACUAAUGUUGCUGUAGGAGGGCUGUUAUGUACAAGCAUCAUAUGUUUUUGGUUUAAAAAUACAAACUCAAGACUCCAUUAAUUAAUUGAUUAACUUGAAACACAAUGUAAUUGUUUUGUGCUGUAUUGUUGUUUGUUCUUUUCUGGGAUUUUUGGAUCAGAGGCUAUAAAACAAAGAGUUUUUUUUUCACGAGGCAGCAAAUGUAUCUACAAAGCAAAAAUGACAAUAAUUAAUCAUUGUGUCUUUUUAAUUAGAAGCAGAAGCUUAUGUCCCAAACCUCAUGGCGCAUAAGUGAUGGCUUUAUCAUUUUUGUUAGUUCAGGAAGAAUACAUAUUUGAUUUAUGAUUUUAUCUAUCUUUUUCUCAUUAGUUCAUUGAAAAGAAGUGUCACUCAGAGAGCUGCCAGCUAGCGUAUUGUCAACUCACUGAAUCAGAAGAAUUAUUUCAUGUCUCUUAUCCUCAAAUCCAUGAAAUAAAUUGUAAAAAAAAUUAUAAUGUAAUAAUUAUUAUGAUUUUAAUGCAACAUGUUUGUUUUUUUUUCUGUUGGAAAUUGUAUUUGAAUAAUUGAAGAUUUAUACCUCAAAAUGUAACUGCCUAUAAUUGGAAUAUAAAUUAUUGUUUUCAUCUUGUCUUGA